AUGUCAUCUGACGAAAUAGGAGAUGUAGGGCUUCGAAAUAAGACUCUUCAAGAUGGAGGUGCAGGUAAUAAGCAAAUAUCGGUAUCGGAUAGACUUGCAAAGCUUCAGCAAUUAAAACGUAAAAAACAAGAAAGUGAAAACCUUAAUAAACAAGAACUUUUCAAGGACUACAAACAACAAAAGCUAAAAUCCAUAGAAUAUAAGAAAAUAGAGCAGAAAAAGCUUAAUGCUGAACUAGAACAUGACAAACUCGACAGCAUAGAAAAAGGUGAAGAUUUCGAGAGGAAGCAGAAUUGGAACUGGACUAUUGAAGACUGUGAAAAAUGGGAAAAGAAGACUAAACAAAAAGGAAACAACAAGAAGUCUGGGUUUCAGAACUUUAAUAAAAUGGCAGAACAAGCUUAUAACAAAGAGCUCCUGAAUCUAAAGGUAGAUAAGGAGACUUACGAGCAACAAAAGAAUGCAGCAGAGAGAAGUAAAAGUGGUGAUAAGCUGCAGAUGUCAAAAAUCGUACCACUAUCUAGCAAGCCAAGUGCCGCAGAUACCAAUAGGUUAGUCCGCAAUAUCGAAGAAGCAAAUAAUCGUAGAAUGAAAAGGAGACGAAAUAAGGACGAGGAGGAUGACGUGAACAGUUACAUCAAUGACAAGAACAAACAGUUCAACCUCAAAUUGAACAGACAAUACGAUGAAUCAUAG